CCCAGCACGCACACACACAAAGCUCGGGGCGGUCCGCAAGCAACGCAGCUCGUCUGCAACUUCGCCCGAGCCCACUUGGCCUUCCCGCGUUUAAUCUUUUUUUUUUUUAUAUUUUUUUGCAUGAAAAGUAUUUUGUGAAGACUUGUUUCGAGGAACCGUCUUGUUUACGUGCCGAAGAAGAAAAGCGGCGGAAGGAAAUGUCCAGCUGAGUGUUGGGAAAGCCUCAAAACCGAGCAGCGGGGCCUGCUUGUUUGUUUUUUUUUUUUUUUUUUUUGUCUUGUUUUGUUUUGUUUGUAAUGAGUGAUAAAUGCUUCGACUAUGGCACUGAAGGCACAGGUUUUAUACGACUUCACUGCGGAGCCUGGAAACAAUGAGCUGACGGUGAAAGAAGGGGAGACCGUCACCGUCACCAAUCAGCACAUCGGCGGUGGCUGGAUUGAAGCGCAGAACUCCAGAGGGGACGUCGGCCUGGUGCCCGAAGACUACAUCGAGCUCAACAAGUCGCCCCUCCCGUCGUUCCCCGCCGCCAACGUCGGGAACGUCGCAAGUUCCGAUCUGUCCUUCUUUGACGCCUUCGCCCCUGCGUCGACCCAACAAAACCAGGCCCACAGCAACGGCAAUGACCCCUGGUCAACGUGGAACGCGGACCCCUCGGCGGGCUCCUCUAACAACUGGGCAUCCAACCCAGAGGGAACCCAGACCGGCAAGCCGGCCCCGGUUGACUCUUGGGGCGGCGCCCCUCAGGGCCAUCCUCAGGCCUACCAGGGUCCAGGAGCCGAGGACGACGAGUGGGACGACGAGUGGGACGACAAGUCGACCGGGGGUUACGGCGAGUCCGAACCCGGAGAUGGCAGCGGCUUACAGCGAGGGGGCGCUCACGCGUCGAUGAAAAUCAAGUUUCCGGGCUUCUCCAAGUCUGGUCCCGAGUUGUACCUCCUGUGCAAGCAGAUUGCAAAGGGCAAGGACAAACUGCCAAUCUACAUGGGAGAGGUCGGUCCGGUGUGGCUUUACCCGGAAUCGCAGCUGGACUGUGUGGUCGCCGAUCCCAAGAAAGGCUCCAAGAUGUACGGCCUCAAGAGCUACAUCGAGUACCAAAUCACACCGAACACCACGAACCGACCCGUGAACCACAGAUACAAGCACUUCGAUUGGCUGUACGAGCGGCUGCUGGACAAAUUCGGCUCGGCCGUUCCCAUCCCGUCGUUACCGGACAAGCAGGUUACAGGGCGCUUUGAAGAAGAGUUCAUUAAGAUGCGAAUGGAGCGGUUGCAGGGCUGGAUGAGCAGGAUGUGCAGGCACCCCGUCAUUGCCGGCAGCGAAGUUUUUCAGCUCUUCCUCACGUACAAGGAUGAGAAGGACUGGAAAAUGGGCAAGAGAAAAGCAGAAAAGGACGAGACGGUGGGAGUGAUGAUCUUCACCACCGUUGAGCCCGAAGCUGCCGACUUGGAUCCCAUCGAAGUGGAGCAGAAGUGCGAGCAGUUCAGCAGGUUCACCAAAGCGAUGGACGACGGCGUGAAGGAAAUCCUCACAGUGGGCCACGAGCACUGGAAGCGAUGCACCGGCCCUCUGCCAAAAGAGUACCAGCGAAUCGGCAAAGCCUUCCAGAACCUCUCCUCGGUCUUCACCAGCAGCGGCUACCAAGGUGAGGUAACCCUGACCGACGCCAUGACGGCCGCGGGGAAGACGUACGAGGAGAUUGCCCAGUUGGUGGCGGAGCAGCCCAAAAAGGACCUCCACUUCCUCAUGGAGACCAACAACGAGUACAAAGGUUUGCUCGGAUGCUUCCCGGACACCAUCGGCGUCCAUAAGGCGGCCAUCGAGAAAGUGAAGGAAGGCGACAAGUUGGUGGCCACCAGUAAAAUUAGCCCUCAGGAAAAGGCCGUCAUGGCCAAACGGGUCAGCACCAUGUCUUACGCGCUACAAGCUGAGAUGAACCACUUCCAUAGCAACCGCAUCUACGACUACAACCGGGUCAUGCAGCUCUACCUGGAAGAGCAAGUCAAGUUUUACGAGACGAUCGCCGCCAAGCUGAGACAAGCUCACAGUCAGUUCACGACCAUGUAACGCGGCCGACGAAGCCCAUGUCCCAAAUAGUCGCCACAUAACAGCCUCUUGAGGUUUUUCUUUUUUCUUUUUCUCCCCCCACCCCCCCCCCCCCCCACCACCAAUCUCCUCUCAUCUCUUGGGCGGCUUUUUGAGCGUUAAAUAGCGUUCAAAGCGGAGCGGCCUGGCGCUGAUUGCGGACGACAGAACACGCAAUUGGAAAAGUAUUCUACUAUUCACUGUAGCCUCUUUUUAAGAAUGAAAUGUCAACAAAGUUACCGCGGCAACUGUUGUGUGCCUUUCCACGUGAAUGCGUGCCCCGCGACUCAUCCUUCGAAGGAAUCGUGCAUGUUUGUGUUUGCGCUUCCUGUUCAGAUGACAGGAAGCUCCACCCCUUCCUGUCCUCCGCCCGCGUGCCUUGCUCCGUAAGCUUCAAGCUAAUUCCAUGUCUGCAUUUGCAAAUGUUUACAUUGCAGGACAUAACACGCGUUUAAAGACUUUAUGAAUGAUUCCCGCUGCCAGUGGUCUGAUUUUGAAUUUUUUUGUUUUUAUGAAAGGUGCAGGAGCUGUCGAGCACAUAUGCAGUUUGUGCUUUUUUGUUUAUUGGUUUGUUUUGCUUUUUGCUUGCAAUCAAUCCCUGGCUUUAAUUUUUUAUUUUUUUUUUUUUUGGGGGGGGGGGGGGGCUCACUUUAUUUUACUAUCACGUGAUACACAACUAUAAUAGAUGUAUAGACGCAUAUUUAAUAAGCACGCUGACCGGCACCACAGGUGCACGUGUACAAAGUGAAUAAGGCCUGUUUGAACGACUUCGGGGUCUGUUUUGGUCAGUCCGACGGUUUCUCGGCUCUUAUUUGUACAUGUGUGCCUAAUGAAGUGGCCGCUGCGUGUACAGCACAUAUAAAUAAAUAUACAUUAUUCCGG